GGGGUCAUGAGUGGCGCCAUGCUCUUCAUCAAAGAAGAUCUAAAGAUAACUGAUGGUGCGGUUGAAGUCCUUGCUGGAAUUCUGAACGUCUGUGCACUCGUAGGGUCGUUGACGGCCGGGAGGGCCUCCGACUGGAUCGGUCGACGCUACACCAUCGUCCUCUCCUCGUUCAUCUUCUUCCUUGGCUCCCUCCUCAUGGGCUUAGCACCUUCCUUCCCUGUACUUAUAUCUGGGAGGUGCAUUGCCGGCGUCGGAGUUGGAUAUGCACUGAUGAUUGCACCGGUCUACUCCGCCGAGAUCUCAUCACCGUCCUCACGAGGAUUCCUAACUUCCCUACCAGAGAUCUGCAUCAGCUUUGGUAUCUUGCUAGGUUAUGUAUCAAACUAUUUCUUUGCAAAGCUUCCAUUGAUAUAUGGCUGGCGAUCGAUGCUUGGCAUUGGUGCAAUUCCCUCCAUUAUAUUGGCAGUCGGCAUUUUGGCGAUGCCUGAGUCCCCAAGGUGGUUGGUGAUGCAAGGCCGCGUCAAGGAUGCGAGGGAUGUGCUAGUUCGAGUAUCGAACUCUAGGGAAGAGGCAGAGAUAAGGCUAAAGGAGAUCAAGGCUGCUGCAGGGGUUGAUGAGAGUUGCACCGGCGAUGUUGUCAAGCUAACAAAGAGUAGUCGAGGAGAGGGAGUGUGGAAGGAGCUGUUGCUGAGGCCCACUCCUCCGGUGAAGCAUAUCUUGAUCGCUGCGAUUGGCAUUCAUUUCUUUGAGCAUGCCACCGGGAUCGAAGCGGUGGUGUUGUACAGUCCAAGGAUCUUCAAGAAGGCAGGGAUCAGGACCAGAAACAAGCUCCUGCUUACAACCAUGAGUGUUGGCCUCACAAAGACUUGCUUCAUCUUGAUAGCCACGUUUCUAUUGGAUCGGGUUGGGAGGAGGCCCUUGCUGCUGACUAGCUUGGGGGGGAUGGUAGUGUCACUAAGUGGGUUAGGGUUAGGACUGACCAUGGUGGAGCACACAGAGGAGAGGUUGGUGUGGGCCGUUACUCUAUCCAUUCUGGCAGUGCUCUCAUUUGUGGCCUUCUACUCUGUUGGGCUUGGCCCAAUUACAUGGGUUUAUAGCUCUGAAAUCUUCCCUUUGAGGUUGAGAGCCCAAGGGGCCAGCAUGGGGGUGGCUGUAAAUAGGGUGAUGAAUGGAACCAUAUCAAUGACCUUCAUAUCACUCUACAAUGCUAUAACCAUUGGGGGAGCCUUCUUUAUGUUUGGAGGGAUUUCUAUCUUGGCAUGGCUGUUCUUCUUCUUCCUUUGCCCUGAGACUAGAGGGAGGCCUUUGGAAGAGAUGGAAGAGGUUUUCAGCAAAAAGUGGGUUCAUAGUGGGCCAGCAAAUAGGGAUGGAUUUGAGAUGGGAAAGGUAGAGGCGAGUUAACUAGCAAAUAGAGUUUUCUCUAUUAGUUACUAAAUUGGGUCGGCUAAUGAGUGAAGUAUUGUAUCUUGGCAUGGGCAACUUGAUCCAUGUACCUUGUAGACCAAAGAAUAAGGGAAAAAUAAAUAAAUAAAGCAAUGUGAAUUAUAUCCUUGUU